CUUCCACCAUUUCAUAUAUAUAUAUAUAUAACUACCGCAGUUCUAGAGUUCAACCUCUCUUUGCUGCUUAAAAGCUCCAUACAAACAACGAACAAAGAGCCCAAUCCACAAAGAUGGAAGUGCUCAUACCGGCUCAGGCCAUAGAUUUCGACUUCAACAGCGCGCGUUCUUCGCCAUUUCUGAGCGCUCCUUCGACACCAAAACGUUUCGGUCGCUACUAUUUCAGCACUCCGACGAGCCCGACACAGCAUUCCAGAAUCCUCUACGACUUUGAUGAGUUCUCUACCUUCAACAACAACAACAACAAGAGCCCGGUUAGAUCAUCAUCCAUGUUUAGCACCAAAUAUGAAGAUGAAUUUGCAUUCCAUGUGACUAGCGAAUCGGACGAGACGUCGAUCCCAGCUGAAGAACUCUUCGACGGCGGCAAAAUCCGAGCUCUGAAGCCGCAAAAGAGCCCGGUUAGAUCAUCAGCGAGAUCACAAGGCCGUGAAAAGAAAGACGAAUCUACACGCGAGAGAGGAAGAGAGAGGUCAGUUUCGGGUUUGUCGUCGAGUUCUAGCCGAGGCCGAGCGGCCAGAUCAGUGUCUCCCCUUAGGGUUUCCAAGUACCCAUGGGAGGAAGAAGAAGAAGAACAACAAAAACAAGAAGAAGAAGAACAGAAACAAUCUUCUACGAUUGCUCCGAAAGCUUCCUCGCCUUCAACUACUGUUCCGGUGGUGUCUUCGAAGGGCUGUAGAAAAUGGAAGCUGAAGGAUUUUUUCUUGUUCAGGAGCAGAUCGGAAGGACGAGCCGGAGAUAAAGACCCUCUAAGGAAGUACACAGGUCUGUUCCGGAAGCACGAGGAUGUCAAGAACGCGAGCUUCCGGUCACUGGAAGGAUCGAAUUCCGGGUCCAGCAAUAAGAGAAGGGGGCAAAUCUCAGCUCAUGAGUUUCAUUACACGGUGAACCGGGCGGUUUCGGAGGAUUUGAAGAAGAAGACCUUCUUGCCUUACAAGCAGGGUAUUUUGGGGAGAUUAGCUUUCAAUCCAACGGUUCAUGCACUAGCCAAUGGUUUUGGGUUCUCUCGUAGACGAUGAAUCAAAUACAUAAAUACCAAAUUGUUUCAUUUUGUUGUAAACAUCAUUAUUUGUUCCUAUAUGUAUAAUGUAUGAAAUUUACACUCUGCAGAAUUGUAAUCUGUGAAUUCGAUAUUUACUUAUUUUACAGGCAUAAAUAUUGCCAGUCACUUCACAGAUCAAUUAGCUUAAGUUUUGAAAGUCUUUCAUUUUUUUUUUUGUAAUAAGUUUUGAAAUUUGUAAGAAUGAUAGAAAUCAUAAAUAAAUCUUAUACAUUUCCUACU